UCGGGACAAACAGACAGCGGGGCAACACGGGCCUCCUAAGCGCCAGGGUGGAGACCUGGCCAGAAGCCCCACCCCACCCCACCCCGCCUCCUGCGGACGUCGUUCCGGAGGGCUUCUUGGAGGCGGCGGCCUUGACUUCGGGCCUGCCAGGGGGCGGGAGGGGAGACCUACAGCCCCGGCCAUCGGUGAAGUCCAGCGUCUUGGUGGCUCCCUGGCGAUGGCGGCCAUCCUGCUGCCCACGAGGCCCAAGGUACCGGUAUCUUUUGAGGACGUGUCUGUGUACUUCACAAAGACAGAAUGGAAGCUUCUAGACCUCAGCCAGAGGCUGCUGUACAAGCGGGUGAUGCUGGAGAACUACAGUCAUCUGGUGUCACUGGGAUUUGCCUUCUGCAAGCCUCACGUAGUGUCCCAGCUGGAGCGAGGAAAGGGGCCCUGGGUGGCAGACUUCCCCCGGCUGGGGGACCCCGCAGGACUGCGUGCAGGCGACAGGGGAACCAACAAGAUGCCGAAGGCAGGACAGGAACAUUCUGGAAGAGAACUCCGCAUAACAGACCUUCCGGCUGGCGAGGAGAGUGACGCCUUGGGGACAGCAGCCCAAAGAGGCCCUCAGGGCUUAGGGCAGAACCUGGCCCCGAGGCCACAGCUGCCCAAGGGCAUCGAGAAGCGCUACCCGUGCCAGCAGUGCGGAAAGUCUUUCAGCCGCAGCUCCAACCUCAUCAAGCACCGGGUCAUCCACAGCGGCGAGAAGCCCUACGCGUGCCCGGACUGCGGCAGGCUGUUCCGGCGCAGCUUCGCGCUGCUGGAGCAUGCGCGCAUCCACAGCGGCGAGAAGCCGUUCGCGUGCCCGGACUGCGGCAAGACGUUCACGCGCAGCUCCAACCUCAUCAAGCACCAGGUGAUCCACAGCGGCGAGAAGCCGUUCGCCUGCAGCGAGUGCGGCAAGCUGUUCCGGCGCAGCUUCGCGCUGCUGGAGCACGCGCGGGUGCACAGCGGCGAGCGGCCCUACGCGUGCCCCGAGUGCGGCAAGGCCUUCAGCCGCAGCUCCAACCUCAUCGAGCACCAGCGCACGCACAGCGGCCGCAAGCCCUACGCCUGCCGCCAGUGCGACAAGGCUUUCAAGGGCGUGUCGCAGCUCAUCCACCACCAACGCAGCCACAGCGGCGACAGGCCCUUCGCGUGCGUCCAGUGUGGCAAGGCCUUCCGCGGCCGCUCGGGCCUCAGCCAGCACCGGCGGAUGCACAGCGGCGAGAAGCCCUACGAGUGCAGCGAGUGCGGCAAGGCGUUUGGCCGCCGGGCCAACCUCUUCAAGCACCAGGUAGUGCACAGCGGCCCCGCUCGUGGCCAGGCCUCGGCGGCCGCCGGCACUGCAAACAGUCACGCGCGCGUGAGCCCCGCGGCGCGGCCUCCGCGGCCUCGGCGCAGCUGA